AGAAAAAAAGUUCGUGAAGGUGAUCCAUGACGUUAAUAUAAUCGGCUUUGCAUUUUGAAGAGAUAAACCCUUCUUCCCAUCAUUUUCUGUAAUGUUUGCUGGACUUCCAAUUCCGGUAUCUGCUUCGUAUCCACGUUACUCGAUCGCCUCGGAGGCGCGCUUAAAGCAAACGCCGAAGCAAAGACCCUGGGCAAAGCCGCAACACACACAAAAAGCAAGAUGGGCCGGCUCAGGACAACCCCACUGACGACUUGACACGUCUUUUGACGAUAUGUUCACGCCUAUACACUCCUUCGUCGGCGGGCUGCUGCUCUUCUCCUCGGUCUCCAACUUUGAGCUUCUGAACGGACGGAUACUCGGAUGCUCCGGCAUCCUCAGAGAGUAUGUUUGGGGUGAUCACGCACCAUGGCGGGCUGCGUCAUUGCUCGGAAUGGCAGUCGGUACACUGGCAACCAAGUUCCUUGCACCAAGCUAUUUGCAGUCAGCGUUGACAGUUUCCGCCACAAUCCCUCUUUUGGGCGGGCUGACCGGGGCCCUGCUGGCAGGCGCUCUCGUUGGUGCUGGUACGAAGCUCGCAAACGGUUGCACGUCUGGACAUAUGCUCUGCGGACUCGCUCGACUGUCGCCUCGGUCCAUCGCCGCCACUGUCGCUCUUUUCGCUUCCUCGGUUGCGACGACGUACUUUGUUGGAAGUGCUCCCAGCUCCUCCACACCCCUCUAUCAGCCUCUGUGGCCAACACCCGCAGAGCAGCGUGCUCUCAUCGGACUCUAUGCAUUGGCUGUCAUUACCUUUCAGAGUAUCCGUGCCGUCGGCGCGGCUUACGAGCCGUCCGAAAAGACCAAAGCCGUUCUCCGAAAUGUAGCUUCCUUUGCAUCCGGCUUGUUCUUUUCUCUCGGUCUUAUCGUGUCUGGCAUGGUUCACCCCACCAAGACGCUUGGCUUUUUGAACAUCACCGAUCUCCACAACUGGGACCCAUCACUGAUGAUGAUUGUCCUGGGCGGUGUUUUGCCUAAUGCCAUUCACUACUUCCGCACCAUCAAGUCCUUGAAGGCUCCACUCCUCGACUCAAAAUGGUGGACUUCUCAAGGAGGCGCGAUUGAUGUGAAGCUCAUCGUGGGAUCGUUGAUUUUUGGUGUUGGCUGGGGUUUGCGUGGUGUGUGUCCUGGUCCGGCUGUUGUUCAGGCCGUCGGCAAUGCGGGUGUGGAAACGUUGGGCUUUGUCGCUGCAUUCUUGCUCGGCAGUAAGUUGGUAUGAAUCAGGGUGGAAACGGAAAAGAUGUAGGAUAGAUCAUAGCCGUCGAGGCCGAAGACGUGUACCAUGAAUGUGCACGCUUCGAGUCUAGGCCUCCUCUUUGACGGUAUUGUAGAACGAGAGAUAGCUAGAUCCAACGAUCGAUGUUCUCGGAAAGAAAUCAAUCCAAAUUCUUAUCAGGCUAUCUG